AUGGCUUCUUCUGGAAAGGGUUUGGAGGAGGUCCCUGAGGGACAGAUUGAGUCUAACUAUGACGAGAUCACCGACUCCUUCGAUGCUAUGAACCUGAAGCCUGAGCUGCUUCGAGGUGUCUACGCCUAUGGUUUCGAGCGCCCCUCUGCUAUUCAGCAGCGUGCUAUCAUGCCUGUCAUUAGGGGCAACGAUGUCAUCGCGCAGGCUCAGUCCGGUACCGGCAAGACUGCCACCUUUUCCAUUUCCGCCCUGCAGAAGAUCGACACCUCCCUGAAGGCUUGCCAGGCCCUGAUCCUGGCUCCGACCCGUGAGCUUGCCCAGCAGAUCCAGAAGGUCGUCGUUGCCAUUGGUGACUUCAUGAGCGUUGAGUGCCAUGCUUGCAUUGGUGGUACCAAUGUCCGUGAGGACAUGAAGGCUCUCCAGGACGGCCCUCAGGUCGUCGUUGGUACUCCCGGCCGUGUCCACGACAUGAUCCAGCGCCGUGUCCUCCGGACCGACCAGAUUAAGAUGUUUGUCCUCGAUGAGGCCGAUGAGAUGCUUUCUCGUGGUUUCACCGAGCAAAUCUAUGACAUCUUCCAGCUCCUUCCUCAGUCGACCCAGGUCGUCCUGCUCUCCGCUACCAUGCCUCAGGAUGUCCUCGAGGUCACCACCAAGUUCAUGCGUGACCCUGUCCGCAUCCUGGUCAAGAAGGACGAGCUUACCCUCGAAGGUAUCAAGCAGUUCUACAUUGCCGUCGAGAAGGAGGAGUGGAAGCUGGACACUCUGUCCGACCUGUACGAGACCGUCACGAUUACCCAGGCUGUCAUUUUCUGCAACACCCGCCGGAAGGUCGACUGGCUUACCGACAAGCUGACGGCUCGUGACUUCACUGUCUCUGCCAUGCACGGUGAUAUGGAGCAGUCCCAGCGCGAUGUUAUCAUGAAGGAGUUCCGCUCUGGAUCCUCCCGUGUGCUGAUCGCCACCGACCUGCUGGCUCGUGGUAUCGACGUCCAGCAAGUUUCUCUGGUCAUCAACUACGACCUGCCCGCCAACCGUGAGAACUACAUCCACCGUAUUGGUCGUGGUGGUCGUUUCGGUCGUAAAGGUGUUGCUAUCAACUUUGUCACCGCUGAUGAUGUCCGUAUGAUGCGCGAGAUUGAGCAGUUCUACAACACCCAGAUCGAGGAGAUGCCCAUGAACGUUGCUGGUAAGUGGGAGACUACUCGAUCAACUGUGAUGCGUAAUUGGAUGCUGACAGCUGCCUGCAGACCUGAUCUAAACGACUUACGUCCCGAUUCCCUGUUUCUCUUUGUCUCAGGCAGAUCCAAGAGGUCGUGUACUCUUGGUUCUGGACUUGAGAAAAGGGAGACAUUAUUAGGAGCCAGUCUGGGCGUGGAGCUCACUGGUUUUGGCAGAUUCUCAAAAAGUGGCUUUCCUAGUGUACCGCAUGUAAUUGUUCCUUACAGCGGUCUGCCGAGGAUACAAGGCUGA